CUUCUGUUGCCGGCACAACGGUAUUCUAACCUUGCAAAAAUAACUUGGGAAAGGUCAAUAAAUUGUUACAACAAUGAGUGACAAUUUGGUGGACAGUAUCCUGAAUAUGUACAAAUCAACUACGCCUUUCAAAAUAGUGAUGCCAUGUCCUACUAGUCGAAAAGAAGUAAGGGAUGAUAAAGUUUUAUUUCAUGCAGAAUCUCAUACCAAAAAUAGCACAGAAUCAGAAACUGAUUACAUAAAGGAAUACAGACAAAAGAGUGAUGAAGAAUAUUUACGGGUGAAACAUAAUCUCAUUUUUAAUAAAAAUAAUCUCUUGGACAAUAUGUCAGAAGUCAGUGGAUUUGAAGAAGAAAGAUUUAAACAAGGAAAUACUGCUCAAAUUUAUAAAACCUACAACUUUGCUUAUCGACCCAAGACUAAUUUACCUAUUAUUUCUAUGAGAGAUAAAAUUGUAAGCAUGAUUGAUAGCAAUUCUGUUGUUGUUAUUCGUGGUUCCACAGGCUGUGGAAAAACGACACAAGUACCUCAGUUUAUUCUUGAUGCCGCAUUUGAAAAAAAUCAACACUGUAACAUUGUGGUAACACAGCCGAGACGUAUCGCCGCUUUGAGCAUUGCAAAACGGGUCAGCCAGGAAAGAGAAUGGCCUGUCGGUACGCUCGUGGGAUAUCAAAUGGGUCUGAUAAAGAAUAUAUGUCGCGACACUCGUAUAACGUACUGUACAACCGGUGUGCUCUUGCACAAGUUGAUAAAUAGGAAGCAUAUGAUGGAAUACACUCAUGUUAUACUGGAUGAAGUGCACGAGCGCGACGAAGACAUGGAUUUUCUUUUGCUUGUAGUAAAAAAGUUAUUGCGUACGAAUUCUACGGAAGUUAAAGUUAUAUUAAUGUCUGCGACAAUCGACGUAGAUAAAUUUGCUACAUAUUUUUCCUCACCUAUGGAAAAUAAGCUUGUGUCAGCACCUAUUAUUGAUAUACCGCAGCGUAGCCUUUACAACGUUUCUAUAUAUUACAUAGAUGAAAUGGAAAAUUUGGGUAAUAUACCUAAAAUAACCAAUGAUACACCAAGCUUUACAUAUGAUAUGGCUGAAUUUUGUGCACGUAUCAUAUUCAUUUUUGAUCGUAUUGAUGAAAACAGUAAUGAUUCAGAAAGUAUAUAUGAAAGACAUGCUGUGUUAAUAUUUUUGCCUGGAUUGCCUGAAAUCGAAGAAUUACGUUCUGAGCUUUUAUCAAAAAAAUACGCGGAUGCGAACUGGGAUAUAAUUAUUUUACACUCAUUGAUCUCAACUGAAGACCAAGAAAACAUAUUUAAAAAGCCACCGAAAGAUUUCCGACGUAUCAUACUAUCGACUAAUAUCGCUGAAAGUAGCGUGACUGUGCCAGACAUUAAAUACGUGAUUGAUUUUUGCUUGACAAAACUUCUUAUGACUGACUCUAGAUCCAAUUAUCAACAACUACAGCUUUGCUGGGCGAGCAAAUCAAAUUGCCAACAACGUGCUGGUCGCGCAGGUCGUCUAAUGGAUGGUAGAGUAUAUAGAAUGGUGCCAAGGUCAUUCUAUGAGACAGUACUACCGGAAGAAACUAUUCCGGAAAUGCUCAGAACUCCGCUUGCAAAUAUAAUUCUCAAGACAAAAAUAUUAAACUUGGGUGAACCAAAAGCUCUGCUUGCUCUUUCUCUGGAUCCACCGAAUCUAAGUAAUUUACGAAACACUAUGUUAUUAUUGAAGGAAGUAGGUGCGUUAUUUGAUAGCGGCCAAAACCUUCAGGAAUUUGACGGAGAGCUGACGUCUCUAGGUCGUGUAAUGGCCGCCCUUCCAUUAGACAUACGUGUAUCGAAGUUAAUUGUCUUGGGUCAUAUCUUCAGUAUUCUGCAAGACGCGAUCAUUAUCGCAGCCACUAUGUCUGUCAAAGAUAUAUUCAAUAUUGAUUUUCACGAAUUAGAAUCAACUUAUAAUGAGAAGCUGUAUUGGGCCGCUAAAUCGGAUAGUGACAGCAUAGCGUGCUUGAACGCCUUCAAGGUAUGGCGAAAUGAUAAAGCGAAUCGUUUUAUAACUAAUCAGCGGGAGGAAAGAGAAUGGGCUAAGCGAAAGAGUCUCCGCGUGAAAUCACUGCGCGAGAUCGAUGCCUUUAUAGCCGAGCUAACGAUGAAAUUACGCCCUUUUGGCAUAACAGAAACCAUGGGAUGCAAUAAAAGCACUUGGGAGAAGCUUCAUAUCGAUCGGACUUUUAUAAUUAAAAUAAUAAUUGCCGGCGCAUUCUAUCCAAACUAUUUCGUCAAGUUUCCACACAAAGUGGAAAAUUACAAACACAAUAUAGAGAAACUACUAUCGUUCCGCGAUCCGAUGAAUACCGUCAUUUUACGAGGAUGGCCGUUGCAUCAGCCUGGAUCGCUGUACUCCAAAAGAUUUCAGGAAAUCUUCGGACAGCAUUUAAGGCUCGAAAAUCACGAAGACAUAACGGUAUCCUUUGAUGGAUCGAGCCGUGUUUACAUCGAAUACGAAGGGAAGAAUCGCGUGCUCGAUAAUUAUUGGUUCGUUCAAAAUUGUCUUAAGAUGAAACAAUGUCGGAUUCCAAUCGAAAUAAAAUUGUUAAGCGAAAUAGACGCGCGUCAUCGAGCCGAGACACUCGGUCUUACGAAGGAUUACGGAAAAAUUGUUUUCCCUCCUUCUGAUCCGCAAGAACCGCCGCAUAAACGAUACAUGUAUGAUAAAAAGCCAUAUCCAAAAUUACCAAAACAAUCCGAGUAUCAUUCAAAGGUGAUAUUGCAAGGUCCCUUUUCACCGAUAGAAACUCAAUUGGUUCAUCUAGCGAACAUGGGAACGUCGAAAGUUGUGACCGUGGAUAUCACAUCAGUGAAUUCUGUUCUACUCGACACCUGUAUAGAUAAUCCAAGAGGAUUUAUUCUCGUAGCGCAAAAUAUUAGUCAAAGUGCCAAGAAUAUUGCGCAUUUGACCUUACGAAAUACAACUCUCUUGCCCAAUAUGCCUGGUCUCGCGUCAUUAAUCACUUUAAUUUUUACGCCGUACAUGGAAUUAAGACGUAAUCCUUUGGGCACUUAUUACACGGGUGCUUUAUGCGGACUAGGAUUUGAUCCUUCUACAGGGAGGAGUUUAUUUCCGGAGCACGAUUUGCAGAUUAUAUUCGAUAUCGAAAUCACGAUGAACGAUUUGCGAAUGAUAAAUAAAUUGCGCCACUGGAUGAAUGUCGCAAUGCAUUUUAAUGAAACCGAUCAUAUAGACGAAGAGACUCAAAAUGAACUGACUAUAAAGUGCCAGAAUCAAAUUAAGAACGCAUUCAAGGAAGUGAUAUAUAAACCCCGUAAGACACAAGAUCCAGUCAUAAUUAAUAAUUUCAACAAAUGGGAUUUAUAUGAUGGAACUCUAUUUUUGGAGCCUGCUGGAGAAACUUUGAGAAAAAGUAGUAUAUAUCGUCUACACAAAGCGUUAGAGUUGAACGAAAAAAACGAUAAACUUGAAGAAAUAAUCAAGCAUUUACUAGAAUUGGAAUUUCUGGCUUAUGAGGAUCCGCGCGAGAAAAGUAUCGCACCUGUUUACUGCAAAUUGUGUCAAAUAGAAGUAUAUGGUAUUAUCGAUCUUCGUGCACAUUUAUGUUCGGAGCAACAUACAACAAAACAACAAAUGAUAGAUACGACUGAAUUUGGAGAAGAUUUGCAGAGUCUUCUAAGCAAAAUGAGACUAUAAUAUGUAAUAAAUAAGAUAAGAUUGCGGUUACAUUUUCUCUUUUUUUAUUUUAUAAAGUAUAUUUUUAUGCACAUAUUAUAUAUUUAAUUUUUUAUUUGAUCGUGUUUAGUUUUUCUUUAGCAUUAUACGAAACCAAAGUUCGUUAUACAUAAUAAUUAAAAGCAAAAUGUUAUUAGUCAUUAUAUUCCUAAAAGCUUAUGACUAUAUAUUGUAAAAAGAGACACAUUGCCCUUUUUACAAUACAUAUAUUAUGAAGAGACAUAUAAUUGCUCUUUGUACAUUUUCUUUUUAUUUUUCACAA